AUGCCGAACAAUCUUGAGAGAAUCCUAGAUUCCUACAAAGAAUCCGGCGAACAAUACGACCCAGAAGACACCGUAGACAAAUGUCUGCUUUACAGUGACAUGAGAUGCAUCAUUUUGGCACUUUUGGAGCGUCGCUUCACAGAUCUUGGCAUCAAAGGCCGAAUCGAAGAGUAUUGUGCUCAAAUCGACCGCGAUUAUGGCAAAAAACAUUCGUUUUUGACGUUGAGGAAGAAGGUCGAGGAAAAAAAGGACUUUCUGAUUCCAGAACCGCUUCAAAUGGAAGUAAUGAGAAUGGCCGCCGACUUCGUGGACAGAUUCUAUCCUCCAAGGAACGGCCACGCCACCUUCUUGAGCUCAAGAGUUAAUGGCAGAUGCAGUUCCAGUCAAUCAGCUAGUUCAAAUUCACCAUAG